AGUGAAUCCUCCUAUACAUUUGAAGCACAAGGUCCGCAUACAUACGGUAGCUACCUGGUAUCGUUCUAUGCAAUGUCCACAUGGCAUGCUGCAGAAGCUUGCGCGCGAUGGUGCGAUAGGAAAGACCCUCGAGGACCUCGUUCGCCCUCAUUCGUUCAAUUUCCAACAAGUUAUAAGCACUACGGAUAACCUUACAUAUUCACCACGUGGUGAAAAUCUCGCUUCAUAACCUUGUAGCGCAGAUGAGAAGCUAAUGAUAUCAGUAAAGGGUUAGCACUGCCAUUCUUGUUUCAGAGUAAGUACCUACAUAUGGUAUUCUUGCCUCGGAGGCUCCUUGUAUCGUAAUCCGAGCUGCUGGCUCUACGCAGAUAGACGGGAUGGCCGUUUAGUCGAGAUUAACAGAUCGGGAAUACUACUACGACCAAUUGCUGCAUAGAGGAAUCCUACGCUCGCAAACAUAUAUCAGCGAUGAUCCGCCUGUGUGUUGCGCCCGGAUGUCGCUCAACGUAUCUACCCGUCUAUCGGUCGACGCUCCGAUGCUUCACUACCCAUUGUCAGACAAAUUUCGGGUAUUAAUCUCGCGAUGCGGCUCCUAGCGAUGCUUGCGAUAUUUACGAGCUGCGUACCGACUUGGUGCUGCGGCUCGGGUACGUCAAAGAUCGACAACCUGAUCGUAUUUGGCGAUAGCUACACGGACGAGGGCCGAUUAACAUAUUUCCUCACCCACAAUUAUAAUCCACCGCCUCCAGGUCUCUACAUACCAGAGUCAAAUUUGACAUCGAGCGGCGGGCCAAGUUGGCCUCAGCUCGCCUCAAAAAAGCUUGGCGCGACGACAUAUAACUAUGCUGUGCGCGGCGCGGUGUGUACCAACAUCUUCCCGGGCGUACUCCCCACUGUGGAUGACUAUGAGGUCCCAGCUUUCUUGGCCGACGUAGCCUACGUCAAUUCUACGACCGGCACUAACACGCUCUACACCAACCGGACGCCUGACAAUACCAUAUACUCCCUCUGGAUAGGUGCCAACGAUCUUGGCAUCAACGCGUUCCUUACAGAUUCUCAACCAGCGGGGGGAACCCUUGACGCCUUCAUCGAUUGCAUAUGGCCGACCUUCGACAACAUCUAUAGUGCUGGGGGACGCAAGUUCAUCCUUUUUAACGAGUCACCCCUUAACUAUGCGCCGCUGUAUAGGUCACUUGCACAUGGCGGAGCCGGUAACGUACCUCGCUGGCCCGACAAGGAGUCAUACAAUACGACCGAGUACGAACAGAAAGUACUCGAAUACGUGACGCUCACCAACACUAUCUUCGACUAUGGCUCUCCAUUCCAGCUCCUAGUAAAGAAGAAGUGGCCCAAUGCGUCUUUCAGCAUCUUCGACGUUCACCAACUCAUUUCCGAUAUUUACAACUCGCCAUCCGAUUACCUGGAUGCUCCAGCCAACGCCACAGGGUUCUACGCAGAGUGUCCAAGUACGUUGCAGCUCGGGACGGCCGGCUGCGAGGUCUCCUCCAACCCGCUAUCGAGCUUCUUGUGGUACGAUGAGCUACAUAUGUCGCCGAAAGUUCAUGAAUACAUAGCCACUGAAUUUGUAAACGUCGUGAAUAAGAACUCUAAAUAUGGCACUUACUACUAGUAAUUAUAAUGAUGGAUAUGAACAUAAUUGUAUCGGGGUCCUAUAUAUGUAUUUAAUGCUUACCUAGCCAUAGGCAGUCUAAGAUGAGCGAAAUUAGAUAGCUGUAGGAUAUACGUGGGGAUAAAUAUUUUCGUAGUAGGGGCCAGCGCAUCAGCGCUUACUAUACCUACGUACGUACGCCGUGAAUCUGCUUUGGUUAUAAAUAGACCGAUCACAUAA